UUCAGGCUGUGUUUCUCCUGCGCUAGCCGAAUGUUACCCGGCUCUAGCAUGGCAACAGAGAGGGGCAGCACUUCAGCUGCAGCCUCUGCACACACACAGGCAUACACGUGCACAGACAGUCGCAACAGGAUCGCAAAGAGUGACUCAGGUAAGCUGAAACGCCCCUGAAGAGGCAGUGCCCCUGUGGUGAAGGAAACGGCAUGCGCAGCGAGAAGGAGAGACAGUGGUUGAGAAGGAGGAGGGGCUACAAGGCUGGAAUCUUUAAGGAGGAAGAAAAGGAAGACUGAAGAGCACUGAACCUGAAACUGUCUGAUUCUGGACUCCUACAGUGAGCUUAAGAGAGAGGGAUGAGCACAAGAUGGAUAUGGAGUGAUGCAGGAUCUCUGACUAGACUAAUGGGAGAGACUGAAGAGCGCUGAGAGACUCACAGAGAAGAAAAUGAUAUUUAGUUCCAGCAGCAGACUGUUCUCUGUGUUUGAACUGAAGUGCAGGCUGAAGGAUUCUCAACAGGGGAUGCUGAGACACUGAUAGAGGUGAGGCGGGAUGGAAGGGCAAAUAUGCAGACCGACAGAUGAACCACCUGUUCUUUUAAAGAUGAGGUGAGCAUAUUCAUGCCAAGAGAUUUAGAAAUCCCGCUGCUCUUCAGACUGACAUAUUCUACAUAGGUGGUGGAUAUCUAGAUAAAUGCUGUCAGUCUCACCUGGACCAAAAGAGGAAGCAGACACUUGACUCCCCAGGUGACCUCCCCUCUCUCUCCACCCCUUCGACAACUUGUGGACUUUGUAGAUUGGAGUCUUCGUCUCUCACGGGAUCCCCAAACUCCCUGAUGAGCUUCUCUCAAUGGACCGUGAAAGUGAAAUUUGUGAGCUGGUUUUAAAGUGACACCCUCCCCUAAUCCCCCAACCGGGAGGCUCAUCUGGCCUGUCCCCUUCUCUCCCUAAAACUUGAUGUCUUGAUGCAUUGCUGUGGGCUGGGACACUGGCGGAGAGUGCAGUCCACCUAUGGAGAGCGUCAGGACUCGGAUAUCGUUGAGGAAAGAAACGCCCAGGUGCAGCUGGAAAAGGCUAAGUACAAGCCUGUGGCCUUUGCUGUACGUUGCAACUUCUCUUACAUGCCAGCUGACGACGACAACGUCCCUGUACCAGGCCAAGCUGUCACAUUUGAGGCCAAAGACUUCCUGCAUGUCAAAGAGAAAUUUAACAAUGAAUGGUGGAUCGGACGGCCGGUGAAGGAGGAUGGGGUGGUGGGCUUCGUCCCCAGUCCGGUUAACCUGGAAACCAUUCUUAUCAGAAGAGAAGUCCAAGCCAGAAAAGCUGCCAAGGCCUUGGCCAGCAAAGCAGCAGUUCAAGCAACUCAAGAUAUGAACUCAAAGAAAUACACUCCUCCUUCACAAGCCAACCAGCAGGUGAAAAAGAAGCCGGGGGAACAGGUAACCAUGUAUGAUGUUGUGCCAACAAUGCGACCAGUGGUUCUGAUGGGACCAUCAUUAAAGGGCUUAGAGAUUACCGACAUGAUGCAAAAAGCACUAUUUGACUUUCUAAAACACAGAUUUGAAGGAAGAAUCACUAUUACAAGGGUGACGGCUGACAUCUCGCUGGCGAAACGCUCUAUCCUCAACAACCCUGGCAAGAAGGCCUUAAUGGACCGGUCCAACACACGCUCUAAUUUAGAUGCUGCCGCCCAGAUCCAAGGGGAGGUGGAGCGUAUAUUUGAGCUGGCCCGGAGCAUGCAGCUAGUCGUUUUGGAUGCAGACACGAUUAACCACCCACUGCAAGUGUCCAAGACUUCGCUUGCUCCAAUUCUUGUUUAUGUGAAGAUAUCUUCACCAAAAGUGCUGACGAGACUCAUCAAGACAAGAGGAAAAUCUCAAACCAAACAUCUAAACGUUCAACUUGUGGCAGCAGACAAGCUGGCCCAGUGUCCGCCGGAAAUGUUUGAUGUCAUAUUAGAUGAGAACCAGCUUACUGAUGCCUGUGAGCACAUCGCGGAUUACCUUGAAUCUUACUGGAGAGCAACGCAUCCACCAGAGAUGGAGCCUUCAAAUGCACUUGUAGCACAGCUGGCUGAGAACACAUUGCCUUCCUCUCCAACAACAGUACCGGAUGAGCAGAAGAGUAAGAAGCCAGGUGCCUCCAAGAGGAAGGGUUCACGUGAGAACCACCUAGACAAGGAGACCCCACCCGCCCCAGAUCAGGAGGACAGAGUUGAAGAAGGCCAAAGAAAGGAAGAAGAGGAGCGACUUCUGAGGACAGAAGCAAAAAGACCACAGCACACACACCACCAUCACCACCACCACCAUCACCGCCGGAUGGAACACCACAGCUACGCUCAGCACAGCCAAAUAUCUGGUGGCAUGAAUGUAAAGUCAGGUAGAGAUUACAGCCAAAGGCCUCCAAGGAGACCCCUGCAUGAGGAGAGGGAGGAAGAGGUGGAGGAAGUGGUGGUGGAGGGCGAUGAGGAGGAGAUACACUACAACCACCGGGGUCAUACCCAUCACCACCACAGUAGCAACCACCACCAUCAUCACCAUCAUCACCAACGCCAUCGUGGCCAGCUGCAUGACAGGGAAGGCUAUGAGCAGGAGCACAACGAACGCAACCGACAUCAGAGGCAUCACCAGCAUAUCCCAACACGGACACACCAUGCAGACCUCUACCCUGCACACAACCAUCACAGCUACCACCACCAGGGCAGAGAUCAGGACAGAGACAGAUACAAGGACAGGGAGAGCGAUAGGGAUCGAAUCAGAGACAGAGAUGCACGUCAGUGGCACAAAGAUUCUUACAUGGAUGACUGACAUGUUUCUACUCCCAAGCUGAUGCAGUUUUAUGCUUCCCAUUUUAUAAUGCACUCAUAGGUGAAACAGUCAUUUUUGAAUGUAGUCUAUUCUUUCAUACUGUUUAUUACUCUUGAACACCACAGCGUUCUCCACACAGAUUCACUUUAUCUUCCACAAAAAUAGAAGCAAACUACAAAUUCUAAUUCACACCCUCAAAGGGGGAAUUACAAGACUCUGCAACUUUUCCAAGUCUCAAUAAAGCAUUAUGCAUGCAUGUAUAGGAAGUAUUUCCAAUAUUUAUUUCAGUUUUUGUAAUUUAAAAGCAUUGGAUUUUACCACAUACAAUUACUGAGAAACAUUUAACAACUCAUGAAUUCUGGUAAGAAGUGCACAUCAGACAAAGAAAAUAAAAACAAUACACUACAGCCUUUAUAAAAUGAAGGCACAGAUGGAACCUUUCAUUGACUCAGGAGUGCCUGACUUUUCAUAUGAUUUCUGUAAUCUUCAAAUAAAUUUUCAAAACGCUACAUAAAAUCUAGCCAUCUUUGUUUCAGUCUCAUGGCUGUCCCUCUGCAUCUGUAGUUGUGCAGGUUAUUGACAUUGAAUAAAUAUUUCAAAAUUGCCAUCCCUAAAUUUUUUUCCCCUUUGAUGAGGUGAAAAAGAUGAUCCUUCAAGCAUUAGGAGGUCUCUGUAAUACAAAAGUCUGUCUUUUUCUCUUUCACAUUAUGUGCCUGCUGUGUUUGUGGCUGAAGGUAACAAUUGGGUUGUGCAUUAUUUUUCUGCAUUAUUGAUCUGGCACAAACCUACCAUUGUCGACAGGCAUGUUUGCACUAUGACAUAAUCGGUGCUGUUUGCUUUAUAAAUUAGAUGCACAGACAGUGCUGACACCUGGAGCAAAUAAUGUGGAAAAAUCUAUACCUAAAAGCAAUUUCAGCCCAACACUGUUGAAUAAUCCCACAUGCUUUUAUUUUUAAACCCUUUACAAAAAAGAAAUUAGACACUUUUAUCCUCGCUGACGUUGCUUGAGGUUCUUCUUAUUUUUUACGCUUGUCUGGACAAAAGAAAGUUUUCUUCAGUAUAAUUUUAACAUGAAUGAAAAUGACAAAACAGUUCUUUCUGUUUUCCAUUUUUAUUGUCAAUUCUUCUUUAUGUAUUGAUCAAAUAUGAUAAGCAAUGCACAUACCUUUUACAAGUCUAUGUCAUCAACAAUAUAGGCAAUACAUUUAUCAGUCAUCAAAAACUUAAAAAAUCAUUAAUUUCCUCCUUAAUCAAAACCACAAUCAUAAAGAGAACUUAAAAACUUAACUGGAAAUAGCUAAUCAUAUAUAGAAAAGUUUAGCUAACAAAGUUCUAAUUGCUCAUUAAUUUCUGUGUAGCAGAUAUUUGAAUUUCAUCUUUACCUUGGAUUGGGUUUAAAGUGAAGUCAUUUAAAAUUUUGCAAAUCAAAAUUUCAACAUUGUACAAAAAAAACACAAUUUCUUUCUGAAUAUUUCAAUUACAUAUUCAAGAAACCACUUUAUGUGUCUUUCCCUAUUGCAAUUUUCUUCUUCACAUUUGCACUUUAAUUAGUUUCUGAACGCUAUUGCUUUAUUUUACUUUAAGCACUAAAACCUAAAUAUAAUACAUAUAAUUUUAAUAUAAACAUAUUUUCUGUUCUACUUUUGAAAACGUCUGAACCUAUUUGCUUUCUUGCAUUUGGUCUAUCUGGAAGCAUGACUAAUCUUGUGGUCACACUCAGUGUAUGCAGAAUAAUCUAUGCAUUUUGUUGUGAUAAAACAUGUUGCUUGAAUACAAUCUAUGCAUUUGUACAUACUUCAUAAUUGCCUUGCUAUUUAAAUGAAGGGAGGACUGGAGAGUCUGUUACACUACUCAGUACUGUAGACCUAAUGAGUAUGACUGCAUUGAGUAAACAAGACUGAUUAUUCCUUUGUAGAUUUAUUUUGUUUAUAUAAUUUUGUACAGCAUUCAAAAGUUCAUUUUGACAGAUAUGUAUUCUAUUGUUAAAAAUCAUUAAAAUAUAUUAUAUGC